AUGGCGUCGCAAGACGCAGAUGGCAGCAAGGCCGAAUUACGGCAACAAGGCGCCAUUGAGGUAGCCCAAAAUGCUGCACAGGAUCCUCAGUCCAAUCUUCGAGCAGAGGCCGUCGAAAAGACCCUGGUCGAAGAGACUCGGAAGGCCGGCGUACCAGCCUAUCAGUUUGACCCCGAUGCAACUCCCGAGGCCAAGGCCGCUGCCGCCAGAGCUCGGCUGCCUCCCGGAUUUCACCAUGAACACAAACCCAAAGGUGUCGCUGUCAUCACGGAUCAGGACGACGGCACCCCCGAUCAAUACGAUUUGCCCCCUCCGCGGUCCGCGACCGACAUUCUCAAGGAAGAUGGGAAAGACGAGACCGCGCAGGUCAACGGGGAGGCUGCUACGGAAGAAGACCUGCGAUGGGCACGCGACCGGACGGGUUGGGCCCCGCAAUUCGAACACCAACCGACCCAAGAGGAGAAAGAAGAAGGAACCCUGCUGGACCAUCAAACAUUCCUAGAAGGCAAACUGGAUGAUAAGUUUUUCGGAGAUUGGUAUCACAAUGCGGGGGUUAUUGUCUUCGCCUGUCUCGCAUCCUGGGUCGUUGCAGUGUUGGGCGGUGGACUGGCCUGGGUUUUCAUUGUCAUGGCCGCCUGCAGUACCUAUUACCGGACUUCAAUCCGCCGCGUUCGUCGAAACUUCCGAGACGAUGUGAAUCGUGAAAUGGCAAAACAGCGCCUGGAGACCGACACAGAAAGCUUGGAAUGGAUUAACAGUUUCUUGGUCAAGUUCUGGCCCAUCUAUGCCCCGGUCCUCUGCGACACGAUCAUCAACUCGGUGGACCAGGUUCUUAGCACGUCCACCCCCGCGAUGCUCGAUAGUCUCCGCUUAAAGACCUUCAUCCUUGGUUCGAAGCCUCCGCGACUCGAGCACGUCAAAACGUACCCAAAGACCGAGGUUGACACGGUCAUCAUGGACUGGAAAUUUAGCUUCACCCCCAAUGACACCAUGGACCUUACUGCCCGCCAGCUGAAGAACAAGAUCAACCCGAAAGUCGUUCUAGAAGUCCGAGUCGGCAAGGGCGUUGUCAGCAAGGGUUUGGAUGUGAUCGUGGAAGAUAUGGCUUGCAGCGGUUUGAUGCGUGUCAAGGUCAAGCUGCAGAUUCCUUUCCCCCAUAUCGAACGCGUGGAUGUCUGUUUCCUGGACCGACCGGAGAUCGACUAUGUCUGUAAGCCUCUUGGUGGUGAUACCCUUGGUUUUGAUAUCAACUUCAUCCCUGGUUUGGAGACUUUCAUCAAGGAGCAGAUUCACAACAAUCUCGGUCCGAUGAUGUACGCCCCCAACGUGUUCCCUAUUGAGAUCGCGAAGAUGCUGGCUGGUAACCCUGUUGACCAGGCCAUCGGUGUGGUCGCGGUCACGCUGCAUGGCGCUCGCCAACUGAAGAACCCCGAUGCCUUUGCCGGUACUCCCGACCCGUAUGCCGUCGUCACCUUGAACAACCGCGUCGAGCUGGGCCGCACCAAGACUAUCCAUGACACGGAUAGCCCGAGAUGGAACGAGACCAUUUAUGUCAUCAUCACGUCCUUUGCGGAGUCCCUGACCAUCAUCCCGUACGAUUGGAACGAGUUCCGCAAGGAUAAGGAACUGGGAACCGCAACCUUCCCGCUUGACCGGUUAGAGCAGCAGCCGGAGCACGAGGGUCUUUUCCUUGAGGUUAUGGCUAGUGGUAGAUCUCGUGGUGCGGUCCACGCAGAUAUCCGCUUUUUCCCCGUUCUGGGGGGAAGACAGCUGGAGAAUGGUCAGGUUGAGCCGCCGCCCGAGAUGAAUACUGGUAUCGCUCGUUUCAUUGUUGAACAGGCCAAGGACUUGGAUGCGUCCAAGAGCAUGGUUGGUCAGCUUAAUCCGUACGGUGUCUUGCUUCUGAACGGCAAAGAGAUUCAUAUUACCAAGAAGCUGAAGCGCACGAACAACCCCAUCUUUCAAAAUGCGGCAAAGGAAUUCUUGGUCACGGACAGGAAGACCGCACGUCUUGGACUGGUCAUCAAGGACGAUCGUGACCUCGGCAAAGAUCCCAUUCUCGGGACCUAUCAAAUCAAGCUCAAUGACAUGCUGAAGAUGAUGGAAAAGGGCCAGCAAUGGUUCCAUCUGCACGGUGCUAAGACGGGCCGCGCUAAGCUGAUCCUCGACUGGAAGCCCGUGGCUGUUGGUGGAGUUCAUGGUGCUGGAUACGUGGAUCCAAUUGGAGUUAUGCGCUUCCACUUCAAGAGCGCGUCCAAUCUUCGAAACCUGGAAACGAUGGGCAAGUCUGAUCCAUACGUACGGGUACUGAUCUCGGGCUACACAAAAGCACGGACCGUCACCUUCAGGAACAAUCUGAACCCUGAAUGGGAUGAGGUGGUCUACGUGCCGAUUCACAGCUCCCGCGAGAAGAUUACCCUCGAGGUCAUGGAUGAGGAAUCCAUCAACAGCGAUCGGUCACUAGGAGCAACGGAGAUCAGUGCCGGCGACUACGUUCGCGAGAAUGAGAACGGCGAGUAUGAGGUUGACGACGAGAAGCAGCUCAUCUCCAGCGGUCUUCGCCUGGGGAACAGCUCCAAGGGAACCUUGAACUACUCGGUGGCUUUCUAUCCGGCUUUGCCUGUCGUCAACCCUGAAGAAGAGGAAGAGGAAUCGGAGGAUCUGAAUGGCGAGACUGAGGGUACAGAGCUAACUCGGAGAAGCACGGAGUCCAAGCGCAAGAGCGCAGCCGGACACUCCAAGUCUGCCAGCAUCGACUCCAAGACCUCUGCUCCUAAUGGAACAAAUGGAGCGAAUGAAACGAAUGGCCCUAAUGGCACUAAUGGCACCCACGGUACCACGAAUGGCCAUUUGGACGGUACAACCAGUCGUGCUAGCCUCGAUACAAACGGAACCCGCCCGCAAACUGCCAAAGAUUCCGAAACGAUGUCGAUUAGGUCGAUCAAGGAGGCUCCCAAGACGUAUAUCUCUGUGGAAGAUCUCCCGAAGUACGAGUGCGGUUUCCUGGUCUUCAACGUUCACGAGGUCCAGCUCUCACGGCAUAACGUACAGGUGGAGAUCUUGAUGGAUGACUACAUGUUCCCUGCGUACAGCUCACCAAAACUCCGUACGAAGACGGCCAAACUGGAGGAUGUUGGGGAUGCCUUCGUUCGUGAGCUCGAGUUCUCCAAAAUCACUAUGCGCAUUAUCGACAAGAAAGACACAAAGGAUGACAGCGACGAUCACACAAUUGCGAAGUUGACGGGUGACACGCUUUCGACUCUCCAGCGAAUUCUGUACACCCCAACCGAGUUGGUUCUUCGUUCCAAUGAUGGAGAAAUCAGCAAGAUUACCGUCAGUGCUCGGUACAUCCCUGUUCUCAUGAAGCUCGACCCCACUGAGAGUAUCAACAACAUGGGUACUCUGCGGGUGGACGUCAUGGAUGCUGCCGAUCUCCCCUCGGCCGACCGCAACGGCUACAGUGACCCCUACUGUAAGUUCCGCCUUAAUGACGAGAUGGUCUACAAAACCAAGGUGCAGAAGAAGACGCUUCACCCGGCCUGGAAUGAGUUCUUUGAGGCGCCUGUCAGGUCUCGUCUUGGGGCGUCUUUCCGAGUUGAUGUGUACGACUGGGACUUCGGCGACAAGGCCGACUACUUGGGCGGUACCCCGAUUGAUCUACAGAUCCUGGAACCGUUCCAGAGCAAGGAAGUGACUUAUCCCCUUGAUGGGAAGUCUGGCGCUAUCCGGUUGAAGCUGCUGUUCAAGCCUGCAUAUGUGGUCCGGUCUCGACAAGGAUCGUCUACUUUCCACGGCACAUUCGCCACCCCUGGCAAGAUUGUCGGUGCCCCUGUCAAAGGCGUGGGCUUUGUUGGCGGCAAUGUGAUCAAGGGUGCGUCUUUCUUGAAGCACGGUCUCAUGUCACGAUUCCGCGCAGAAGAUGACGUUGCAGAAGAUGCUGAGGAAGUCCCUGCGGCCGAAAGCAGCAGCCUGGCCCCCGCGGCCGUCCUGGUGGAGGGCGAGACACCUCCUAGUACCACCCCUAAGAGCGAACUGCAGCAUGCGCGCAGCCGCAGCGUCGCGUCUCACUAUGGGGAUCGACUUGGGGUGAGCGGCAAGGGGGAGGCUGGCACGGCUACCAUCUCGGUUGUCUCUGCGAGCGGGUACCCGCCCAAUGCACACGUGCGGGUCUUUAUCAAAGCGGUUGGUCCCAAGGGUGCCAAAGAUGUCCUGAAGACCAAGGCUCAUAAGACAGGCGGUGGCCCUGUGUUUUAUGAUCCGUCGCAUGAGACAUGCCGGGUCCAUAACACAACUGCCGAUGCACAAUAUCAGGUGCGCGUGGUUGACCAUGCGACUUUUGGAUCGGAUACGGUGCUGGGUGAGGGAAUCUUCUUUGUGGACGAUCAGGGAUCUGUGGCUGGACAAGACAAGUCGGUCAAGGCAGGCAGUGGCACCGUGACGAUCCGGAGCAGCUUUGCAGUGACGGAAUCGACCCUUCGGCCCGGCACUGCGCACUCCAACACGAACGAUGCCGCGUCCGAGGUUAUGGACAGCCCCGAUUCGAAAAAGGCCGGUCGACGUAGCUUCCUCGGCAAGCGGAACGUCAGCGGAGCAUGA